CUGUUUUAGAAUCUGUUAAAAACCUCUGAUGGCUCUAAUCGGAAAGUUGAUGAUGCAGAUAGAGAUCAGUUCACAUGGAGAUAUAUUCCAUGAUCUUCUUAGGCACAGACCAAAUGAUCUUGCUUCCAUUACCCCAGCUAAGGUUCAUGGGUGUGAUAUCCUUGAUGGUCAACUAGGAGCUGUUGGGUCCGUCAUCUCUUGGAACUAUACCCAUGAUGGUAAAAAGAACACUCUUAAGGAGAUAAUUGAAGAAGUUGACGAGACAAACCACAAGAUAGUGAUGAAGGUUAUUGAAGGAGAUCUUGUGGAAGACUUGUACAAGUCCUUCACCAACAUAUUUCAUGUCGAACCCCAUGCAGAUGGUCGACAGUUGGCUACUUGGACGUUUGAGUUUGAGAAGUUGAAUGCAAGUGUUCCUUAUCCAACUGUUUUCAUGGACUACAUAAUGGAACUUAUCAUGGAAAUUGAUGCCCAUCACACUAGUAUUUAGAUGCAUAUACAGCUUCACUGUCUGCAUCUACCCCAUUAAACAAAUAAAGCAACCUCAAGAAUAAACCAGUCAUAGUUAUGCCUA